CCUAGAUCCAGAGUCCUCUCUCCAAUCCCCACCCACCCGGCGCCAUUUCUCCCAAUCUCGAGCGCACAGCAAUGGCGGACUGGGCGCCCAUGGCCGCCCCAGCUCCCCCGCCUGCUAAAAGGAAGAAGGAGGAUCCAAAUCGCCUCCAAACAUGGCCGCUUCUACCCUCCACGGCGGCUGCAGGCUGGUCCGGCCUCCCGCCCGACCUCCUCCGCCGCGUCGCCGACUCCCUCCUCGCCACCAACGACCUCGACUGCUACAUGCACCUCCGCGCCGCCUGCCCCGGCUGGCGCGCCGCCACCGAGGGCCCCAAAGCCAAGGACAGCAGCGGCUCCGACCGCCGCUUCGAGCCGCGCCGGUGGAUCCUCCUCGACGAGGUCUUCCGGAGCGAGGGUGAAGAGAUGCUCCUGGUCAACGCCGACACCGGCCGCUUCCUCCGCAGAAGGUUCCCCAUGCUCCGCGACCACUACGCCGUGGCGACCACUCCCAGCGGCUACUUCGUGCUGGCGGACAAGAGCCCUCCUCACGCGGCCAGCGUCCUCAACCCUCUCACCGGCGCCGUCGUCCGUUUCCGGGUGCCCGUGCCACCGCAGAUGGGGGCCGCCGACGUCGUCUCCGGUGAUGACGGCUCUCCGCUCAAGCUCGUUUUCAUCUGCAACUCGUCUCACGAACGGCAUUACACGGCUGAUCCUGACAGCCGGAGUUUCACCGUCCACGAGCGUACAUCGGACUACAACUUCUUACUCAAGGCCGCCGUGGGUGGUGGUGUGCGCGAAAGUUUGAAUCAAGCUGGCAUGUCUCCUAUUCUAAUGAGCUACCUGAGAGCCUAUUCUUUCCCGCCUGGUUUGAGCUUAAGCAUGUUGCUCCCCAAUGUUUUCUCCGGCUGCACAUAUGCCGGAGACGACGACCGGGGUUUUCUAGUCGGGUUGGAUGGACACAUGCUGCUCGUCUUCAGAAAACGUACUGCCGUCUAUCCCAGUGUUCUCAGACUUGACGCUGCCACGCGCCGGCUCGAGCCUAUGCGGAGCAUCAGCAGGUUUGCCAUCUUCGCUGGGCAUCGGAGGUGCGUGGCUGUGGAUGCUCAUAAGCUCCCAGGUGUUGAGCCGAAUUGCGUCUACUUCACUCGACAUCUCAAUCGGUCCACUCAUAUAUGGAAGUAUAACUUCGGGUUCGUCAAGGCAAUAUCUCAAGACAUCGAUUUCGUGGAGCGGGACGAUCAGUUUGUCCUCGUCGCCGACCGUCCUUUCACCAUCGUCCAUCUUCUCUCCAGCUACACCAUCAACAUGCCGGAUUCUCAACUGCCCUUGUAACAAAAGCCAUAAGGCGCCAACAAGCUAACUCGGUUCUGGGAUAGUGAGUGAUCUUGACAACCAACCAACAAGGUUAUGCUGUGCUUAUUUUGGUUUGCCUAGCCCUGUUACGGGUAGAUAGAUGACAUGUGGUGGAACUACUGCUUUCUAUCUCCACUGGUAGUCUAGUACUACCUAGCUAAUGGUACAUCUAUUGUGCUUGAUGCUAUCUUAUGUCUAUGUGUCCACUUGUUCUUCUCUGGCACUAGUCUUCUACCAUUUGUUAACAACGUAAUAUGGUGCUUAAUUUCUUAGUAACGUCACCCCAUUUUUUGACAACUUCUGAAUUUAAAUAUAAACAUGAGGUGUGACAUGGUUUGCGUUUGCUAUUCUAAAUGGGUCCUGUGGAUUCCUUACAUACUUUUGCCGGGCAGGUGCUGUAUAAUUUAUCUUGUUUAGAGUUUGUUUUUCCCGGGCUGGUGAUGUAUAUCAUGCUAUGAAACAAAGCUGCUUCGAUUGAACAUUGUAAUGAAUGUGCAACUGAUCACCAAACAAACUAGACUUGAUAAGAAGAGCUCAAAAAUGCUACAAUGCUUAUAAUGAUGCAACAGUAAGAAGAGUAGUUGAAAGUAGUAUAGACAAGUGGGUGAGCUAGUGAGCAGUAGGUACAUGCACAACUACUCUAAAUUCUUCUCCGCCUGGAACUGCUGCAUCAAGUCUCUGUUUUGUUCUCUGAAAAAGGAUUGUGUCUUGGUUGAAUUAUACUGAAGCUGUAGUUUACCAUUCAUCAAUGAACUAUCCAUUUUUAAGCUUGGCGGGAUGGAUCCGUAUGUACCUGGGAGACAAGGUUGGGGAGGACGGGAGGUUGGGGUCUUUGGCCUUGUUCCUUUCCUUGUUCUUGGGAGCCCGGGUUUGGUGGCUCUUCAGAUCCUGCUAAGUUGAAUCUUUAGCUAACUGAUGGACACUUGAAGUUUGCAAUGUGCCACUGAGGUCAUCUAUUCAUUCAUCUAGGAUAACAAGUGUUUUUCUUAAAACAAAUCAGUUUUCAACCUGGUAGACGAUUGGUGGUAUAGAGGUCAAGUGUAAUUUUUUUGGCACAAACUAGUCGUUUAGUUUUGUACCUGUGAAAGUGAAGCCCUCUUCUGUUUCAGGGGAUACAGUUUAAGCUCUAAAUGAGUGCUUCUUCUGCAGCUUCAGCCUCCUCUUUUUUCAUUACUAGUGGUCCAAGAUAAUCGUUGGCUUUGUUAUCUCUCUGAGAUCGUUGCAUAUCGUCUUAGCUAUUUUGUGCAGAAUUAUCUGUUGGCACAGUUUUUGCCAAUCUCUGAACUUUGCACCUGCCAUUGGACAUAUUACUACCCCCUUGCCAAUCUCUUAACUUUGCUGCUUAAAGAAACGGGUUUUUGGUUUCAUUAAUGGUGGUCUUUGGAACUGCUGUACUUGGUAUGGAUGUACUGUUUCAUCUAUCUUUCUGAUGCUCCCUGUAGUGUACUGCUUGCAGUUGCAGAGACCCAAUGUGCUGCUUUGGUGGUAGCUCAUCCCUUCACACGGAAGCAAAUUUCCUUUCGUGGUACUGACCAUUCAUUGUAUUUUGGUGCUUCUGAUAGCCUCAUUAUUUACUUCACCGGCCAUUUUCACAAUUGCUUCAGUCUCUGUGGUGGCCCUCGAGGCCUUGGCAUCUGAUGAUGAUUCGAUUGGCGAAACCAUGCCAUUUUGACAGAUUCUUUUCGCAAUUGCUUUCAAUUCCAUGAUCGAUUGAUUGUAACAAGCACAUGUGCUGAGCAUAUUGUCAGCAUUUUUUUUUUCUGUAAGCAGAGACCUAAUUUUUUCUUGCAUUUUCAGAACCUAACAUGACCAUUGAUCUUCAGUGCUGAAGCUAAUUAAGUGUGUAGUCCUGUAGUCUUCAGUGCAAAAUUUCAAGAGGAUGUCUUAGCAGAAUAUUCAUGUGACGUUCCUCGGCACUGCAUUAUGUUUACAACUGUCUUGUGACCUAUAACCUGUUGACCUUCAGUGCUGAACCUGACGAAGUGUUUGCAAUCUGCAGGUCAUAGUUGCAAGCCAAAAAGAAAAACUUCAAGAGGGUCUUUUACGAGAAUAUAUGUGUGAUGAGCUCGUUGACAGUGCAGUUUCAGAUUAUUCUCAGUGUUUUUUUUUAAGAAUUAUCUGUGCAAAUGUUGGUUCAAUGCACUCACUAACGGUGUCCUAAAUAGAAACCUCUGCUGCACAUUCAGAAGCACGUUCAGAUUCAGACAACAGAGCCAUCAGCAUUACCCAUAGGAGCCUCUGCUUCUCUUCUCGACCUACAUAGGGCCCUUCUGUUGUGCACUUUAAGAAAACAGAGCAAUCAGCAGUACCAUGAAUACGAUAGGAAUAAAGAGUAGCUGGAGAAGAUGACACACACACACAAGAGCAGAUGGAGACUGACAGUGACGGACAAAGAGAUGGAGGAAUUUCAUAUCCCUAACCUAACUGGCCUAACUAGAUAAUUGGAUCUUUAGUGCUGACAAAGAGAGCACCGAUAAUUGACAGGAAGAUGAGAAACAAUGUCAGGUCAUGCUCGGUUCGGUUGAACACGUCGAAUGGCCACGUCAUCUCAGACGCACAAGCCCAUCUGUCAAAAGUAUUGUCAAAACUUUCAAAGAAAGGAAAACAUUGCCAUAAUAUUUUCCAAGAGCAGUCAUACUUUUUGCAACAACUUGCCUAGAGAGCAAUUUUUUUUCUCUUUUUAAGUUGAGAAGUGGUAAUUACUUGGAUGGUGCUGUCCCCGAUUGUAGUGGUUUUGAACAAUUGGUACUCCUUUGAAAGGUGUGUGUUGGUACUAACUAGGAUAGUUUUUCAGUAUAAUGCAUACAAAUUAAGUCAUUUGUUUUUUUCACGAA